CGGAGUAGCGGGGGAUCCGCUGUCGGCCGCCAGAGGGUAGCGCUGAAGCACCUAUCAGCUGCUCUAGGAGGUUGUGAGUGAUUAGGGGGUGGUGAGCGGAGUUUGGGCGUGUGCUGAUCGCUCGCUGGUGGAAGUCGUCUGGUGCACACGCAUACAUUGUCCAAGCCUUCGCCACCGCAACAGCAGCAGCUCCUGACUGAGCGGGCGGUCUGGUGCCAAUGCGGGGAGGGCGCUGCAAGCAGGGGGCUCCUCCGCCGCCUAGGUGGAAAGUUCACCGUUGCAACGAGCCAACAGAUCAUUGACUAAGCGCAAAAAGCCUCUCGGAGGCUAAGGGACACAGGAUCUGUCUAGAGGGAUUUCUCUCUCCCCACCCCCCAUGCAAACUUUGCAUCUCCCUCCCUACGCUUCCUUUAGAAAGCCCCCGAGAAAGUGCAGCAUUACUCUUCUACCUUGUAAGGAAGACAUCCUGGUGGGUGGCUGUGUUGAGAGGGGACCCUGAGCUGGGGCUGGCCAGAAGAUGACGGAAUACAAGCUAGUAGUUGUUGGAGCUGGUGGCGUUGGGAAAAGUGCUUUGACUAUUCAGCUUAUCCAGAACCAUUUUGUUGAUGAAUAUGAUCCUACAAUAGAGGAUUCUUACAGAAAGCAAGUAGUCAUUGAUGGAGAGACCUGUUUGCUGGACAUCUUGGACACAGCAGGCCAAGAGGAGUACAGUGCCAUGCGAGACCAGUACAUGCGAACAGGAGAAGGCUUUCUUUGUGUUUUUGCCAUUAAUAACACCAAGUCCUUUGAAGACAUUCAUCAGUACAGGGAGCAAAUCAAGAGAGUGAAAGACUCUGAUGAUGUCCCCAUGGUGCUGGUGGGGAACAAAUGUGACCUUCCUGCCCGGACUGUGGAGACACGGCAAGCCCAAGAGUUGGCCCGGAGCUAUGGGAUUCCCUACAUAGAGACAUCAGCCAAAACUAGACAGGGAGUUGAAGAUGCCUUCUAUACUUUAGUGCGAGAGAUCCGGCAGCACAAACUACGCAAGCUGAAUCCCCCAGAUGAAAGUGGUCCAGGCUGCAUGAAUUGUAAAUGUGUGAUAUCCUGACCAAGCUGACCGGAAUGUGACUUUGGAGUGGGUUUCCACUGUGCAUAGUGUGAAAAUGGAGGUGAUGUCAAAGAAGAAUCAAAUGGAUUCAAGAGAAGGGGACAGGUGAUGAUGGUGUCUUCAGAUCCUAAGAGCUCGGCACAGACUGUCUCAAAACUUCAGCAAGGCCUGCAAUGAAUGAUUUUUUUAAAACGACAGCAGAAACCAACCCUCCCUUCCUCUUCUUAACUCCUUCCCUUCUGGCAACUUGUACAGAGUCCACAGAUUGAAUCACAGUAAAUUAUUAUACAAUGGUCUCGACACUGGUCUCUGCAUCUGUCCUUAUUCCAGCAGAUUUGGCUACCUUUGCCUGUCUUUCUGGAGUAGGCAUUAGCAGAGGGGAGGGAAGGGCCAUGCAGACCAGGGAUGUAAGUUGUUUCUUCAAUCUGUGGGCACUAAUAGUGGAAGGUGACAAUGACUGGCUGGGUUUGAAAAUCUCUUUUCUGAUUUGAAUGGCUCCAUGACUGCACCUGAAGAUUGAUGCCCUUACAUCUCAGUAGGAGGCCAAGUCAUCUGCAAAACAUCAAGCCUUUUUUGGAAGAUUUUGCCAAGGUGCUCCACCUGGUCAUCCUCUACUGGAGGGGAAAGCUGUUCGUUCCAAGUGCUCUCGACCAUUUUCUGUGGCCAUGAGGGGGAAACAGAGAUACCUCUUUAUAAAAGUUUUCACACUAAUAUCAAAUUUCUAAUCCCAGACCUUUGUCCGUUCACCUCCCACCCACUAGUUCACCCUCCUGUAAUCAUGGAAGAGUAUUAACUAUCUGUUCUUGACCCCCUUGCAAAGAGAAGCCAUCCUUUCUGGUGGAAGGGUCCCUGCAGCCUUGUCCUGAGGAGUCCAGGGGAUGGAGUAGGGAUGGCAUUUAUGUAUGUGUAAAUAUAAAUGACUAUACAACAACACUGACGGAGACCGAAGGAAGAUGAAUUCUAAAACUUUACUGUGUUCCACUGAGCCCAACUUCUUAUUUUGUUAAUUGCCUGGGGUGGGCGGAUGGAGGAACCAACUCUUGUUGUACCUUUGGGGGACUACGGGGAGCAGUGCUAUAUUUUUUCCCAAACCAUUGUGUCUUAGGGGUGGGGGAGUGGGAGAAGGAAGGGGGGUGUUAGUGGGUAAGAAACUUUCCUGUUUAUUGUAAGCUUGGCCUUUUCUGAGCAGUUUUUAAUGCUUGCUGCCUGUGCCUGGGCUGACUUCGUCAAUGUGCUUGUGCAAAACUUGUGUACUUCCUGGAGGUGAAAUGAAGCACUGGAGCACCUCUUCUAGUUCCUUGCUCUGAUCCUCCUCCCUUUCCUUUGCAGCCGCUGUGCCUACGCUAUUGCAUGCACAGCUCAAAUUGUUCUUCAGGUGGCAGCUCCUCUGUAUUACUGUGACCAUGAUCAUGCCAAUUAUACUUGCUGUAAUUAAACAUUCUCCCCCCGCCCCAGUAAGAUACCAUAAUCAGAAGCUCAGCAAUGCCUGAGUUAAGGUAACCCAGUCCAAUAAUUAGACAAUAGGUAUGAUGUAAUAAAUUAUCUGGGGGAAGGGGAAACUGCUCAGUUGUUGGGGGUGUAAAAAGAGAAUCCAACUCAGCCUUAAGUGUCAUUAAAAUGUUUUGUUCUCAAA